UGCCUACGAAAGCGAUGACCAUGAAGUUGGGUUACCUCAUUAAGUGGUGUUUUGAGGAAGAGACAACAAUUAUAUAGCUUGGCACUUUCCAUGCUUGUUCUCUCACUUUGCCCUUGGUAUACACUUACCAAGCUCCGAGCCUCGAAUACCUCACCGAGUUCUAUAUCUACCGAGUCUUUCUUCCAAUUCUUUGCACGAUCUCUGGAACUCUCCAUUGGUGGCUGACACCCGUACCUGUGCAAUUCUUUUGCAGUGCAGCUACAGACAUGGACGGUACUGGCGUUUUCACAUACCGUGACGGCGUGGCUGUGAUACAGCUCGUUAGCUUUGCUGUUUUCCUAGCUUUUGCUUUCGUUCUGUGUUCUCGGCAUGGCUUUGGUAGGAGUUCAGGCUGGUUCAUAUUGAUCCCAUUUUCAAUCAUCCGACUACUGGCUGCCUCAUUCCAACUCGCUACGAUCCACUUCCCUUCGCGCUCAAUCUAUGGCGGCGCACUCAUUUGUCAAAAUAUCGGUCUCUCACCCCUAACGGUCCUCAACUUGGGACUUUUAUUACGAGGAAACCGCUUCGUUAACGCCGUUGACCCCAAAUUAUUCACUGGAAUUUCUCUCACCGGCUUCACCGCUAUCGCCCUCGCUAUCCACGGCGGCACGCAAGCUGCCGAAGCCUACGGCUCGACCGCAACAACCCUCCAAAGCAACGCUGAGACCAAAGCGGCCACCAUGCUCUUCCUAGCCACCUAUCUCGCCAGCGUCAUCAUGUUCCUGCUGAUGCUACGCAAGUGGCAGGCCAUCCCCAAGCCCGAGCACAAGCUGCUCAUCUGCUUCGCUGUGUGCGCACCAUUUAUUAUCGUACGGCUGCUAUACAGCAUUAUUGGAAAUUUCACAGGGAAUCUCCAAUUUAGUGCGCUAUUUGGCAAUGUGACCAUUUUCUUGGUUAUGGCGGUGCUGGAGGAGAUUGUGGUGGUUGGGUUUACGAUUGUGACGGGCAUGAGGCUUAGGAUCCUGCCUAAGAACAAUGCUGAUAAUAAUGACGAGGAGGGUGCCGAUAGUGUGAAGCUCCAGAAGCAGAAGCGGCGAGGCCGUGGGGAGUCUGUAUAGGUCCGCCAAUAUGAUGGGAAUUUCGGAGAGGAGUGAGCAAACACCAUUUGGCUACGGAGCCGAGAUGAUCGGGCCACACUUAUAACGGCUGGCCUCUUAAAAAUGUAGGGAGUGCCUCUCAUGGUUUCCUUGAUCUAACUUUCAGUUUCUGCUCACCAGGGGGCACUGCACGACGCUUGGAGCUAUGGAUGGUUCCAAUUCAGAGGACUGGUAUAGAAUAGCGAUUGGUCAUAUUCUUGCAAGAUAUAGUAAUCGCGCUAAUAUAGACAUUAGAGCUAUGACCAUCUCAUUCGUGUUCAGUACACUAAUAUAUCCGUG